AUGGCGCCCGACAAUCAACGAAUUCAACUGGUCCGAAUGUCCCAACAGGCCGCUAUCCGAACGCCCGAGGAUGAUUGGACCGGUAUUAUAGAUCGAGCUGAACGGAGAAAGUUACAGAAUCGCCUCAACCAAAGAACAUAUCGGAUGCGACAGAAGUUUCCAAUAACCAAGGAUAAGGCACAGGUCCACAGCAACAAAGCUGUAGUUGUACCACCCAGCUCCACUCCUAUCCAGAUCGACCGAGAUGAAAAGGGAUUUACAUGCACUAUCGCGCCCCCUCAACUGCACUCGAUGAUGCGUCAAUUCGAGUCUGUAGCAUUGGAAAGCUACAUUCACAACUCCCCUGACAUCGAUCACCUCGUCUCCCUCUCCAAGCUAAAUAUCCAGCGUGCAAUCAUCGAGAAUACACGCUCGAUUGGCAUGACCAUGGAAUGGAUGCAGCGCGAUGACUCUAUCUCCAUUUUCAACACCCCGAUACCUGGCUUCUCGGUGUUCUCAAUACCCCACAGUCUUCGACCAACAGAAUGCCAACUGCGCACCCCUCAUCACCCCUGGCUGGACUUUUUCCCCUUUCACAAUAUGCGUGACAAUCUUAUAGCCGUUCAGGACAUUAUCAAUGAUGAAGAUUUGUGCCAUGAUCUGAUGGCGUUCUGGGAUACGAGGAAUACGGGGGCUACUUUGCUAGUGUGGGGUCCUUCCUGGGAGCCGGAAAACUGGGAAGUCACGCCGGCUUUCCUACUGAAGUGGGGAUUCUUGCUCAAAGGCUGUGAAGAGUUACUGAUGUAUACUAAUCGCUGGAGAGCGAAAAGGGGCGAGAAGCCUCUUAAUUGGAAGACAACGUUAGCUUUGAUAUACCGAUUGCCUAGCUGA